AUGGCCUCAAACCCAGAUGCCGACUUUACUAUAUGCAACCAUCUUAUUGUUGUCUGCUGCCACGCCAUUUACACUGGAGGCUCAAAACUUGGAGCUUCAGAGAACGAGUGGCUGACUGAGCCCUUCCAAAAGAGAGAAACACCCACGUUCAUCGAUCAUGUCAAAGCUGGGUUGAAAGCUCUAGCAGACGACUCUCACGGCUUGCUGGUGUUUUCUGGAGGGCCUACCAAGAAGCCUAGAACUGAGCUCAGUGAAGGUCAAUCUUACCUUAAUCUGGUCAGAGAUAACGACUACUUCCAAGACAUGUCCACUACCUCUACAAUUGACCCAUUAAGAAUCAUCGCAGAAACCAACGCCACAGAUUCAUAUCAAAAUCUAUUGUUUUCUCUAAUACAGUUCCGGGUAUACACGGGCGUUUAUCCGCGGAGAGUCACAGUCGUCACGCACGAAUUUAAGCGCGCUCGAUUCAUGCAAUGCCACUUUCCAGCCGUGGGACUCGUCCCUAUUGGUCCGGAACAAGAAGACUAUGCGCACAAAGUUGCUGUGAUAGGUAUCAAUCCACCAGUGGAAAUCACCCCACUAGAGACCUUGACCCGAGGCGAGGCUAUGAAUGGGAUUGGGCUUUGGAGAGAAGAUCUUUACGGAGUGAACCCGGAUCUGGUAGGCAAAAGGGUGCGACGAGGCUGGUCCUGUGGAAUGGAAAACGGUAUAUUCUCCCAUCUGGGACUGGAAAACGUGGUGUUUGACCUAAUCCGCUAUAAUGGGGGUGAUAAUUGCAAUAAGUGGUUCCCGAAGCGAGAGAGCUUGCCUUGGUCUUAUACUAGACAUGAUACAACCAAGGGGCCUUGA